AUGACAUCAAACGCUGUGCCUCAAUAUGACAUUGUGAGAGCCUCCCUCAAGCGUCCUUUGAGAUCUGUUGUGCAAGGGAGGCUGGUGUCGGGGUCCUCUCCCUCAGGCUGGCGUCGGGGUCUUCUCCCUCAGGCUGGUCUUGGGGUCCUCUCCCUCAGGCUAGUCUCGGGGUCCUCUCCCUCAGGCUGGUCUUGGGGUCCUCUCCCUCAGGCUGGCGUUGGGGUCCUCUCCCUCAGGCUGGCAUCGGGGUCCUCUCCCUCAGGCUGGCGUCGGGGUCCUCUCCCUCAGGCUGGCGUCGGGGUCCUCUCCCUCAGGCUGGCGUCGGGGUCCUCUCCCUCAGGCUGGUCUUGGGGUCCUCUCCCUCAGGCUGGCGUCGGGGUCCUCUCCCUCAGGCUAGCGUCGGGGUCCUCUCCCUCAGGCUGGCGUCGGGGUCCUCUCCCUCAGGCUGGCGUCGGGGUCCUCUCCCUCAGGCUGGUCUUGGGGUCCUCUCCCUCAGGCUGGCGUCGGGGUCCUCUCCCUCAGGCUGGCGUCGGGGUCCUCUCCCUCAGGCUGGCGUCGGGGUCCUCUCCCUCAGGCUGGUCUUGGGGUCCUCUCCCUCAGGCUGGCGUCGGGGUCCUCUCCCUCAGGCUAGCGUCGGGGUCCUCUCCCUCAGGCUGGUCUUGGGGUCCUCUCCCUCAGGCUGGUCUUGGGGUCCUCUUCCUCAGGCUGGCGUCGGGGUCCUCUCCCUCAGGCUGGUCUUGGGGUCCUCUCCCUCAGGCUGGUCUUGGGGUCCUCUCCCUCAGGCUGGCGUCGGGGUCCUCUCCCUCAGGCUGGUAUUGGGGUCCUCUCCCUCAGGCUGGCGUCGGGGUCCUCUCCCUCAGGCUGGUCUUGGGGUCCUCUCCCUCAGGCUGGUCUUGGGGUCCUCUCCCUCAGGCUGGCGUCGGGGUCUUCUCCCUCAGGCUGGCGUCGGGGUCCUCUCCCUCAGGCUGGCGUCGGGGUCCUCUCCCUCAGGCUAGCGUCGUGGUCCUCUCCCUCAGGCUGGUCUUGGGGUCCUCUCCCUGCUGGUCUUGGGGUCCUCUCCCUCAGGCUAGUCUCGGGGUCCUCUCCCUCAGGCUGGUCUUGGGGUCCUCUCCCUCAGGCUGGCGUCGGGGUCCUCUCCCUCAGGCUGGUCUUGGGGUCCUCUCCCUCAGGCUGGUCUUGGGGUCUUCUCCCUCAGGCUGGUCUUGGGGUCCUCUCCCUCAGGCUGGCAUCGGAGUCCUCUCCCUCAGGCUGGUCUUGGGGUCCUCUCCCUCAGGCUGGCGUCGGGGUCCUCUCCCUCAGGCUGGUCUUGGGGUCCUCUCCCUCAGGCUGGCAUCGGAGUCCUCUCCCUCAGGCUGGUCUUGGGGUCAUCUCCCUCAGGCUGGCGUCGGGGUCCUCUCCCUCAGGCUGGCGCCGGGGUCCUUUCCCUCAGGCUGGCGUCGGGGUCCUCUCCCUCAGGCUAGUCUCGGGGUCCUCUCCCUCAGGCUGGCGUCGGGGUCCUCUCCCUCAGGCUAG